AUGGUUUUAUUAGUUUUAACUGAACGUAUCCGACACGCGAUAUUCCAAGCUAUACAAUCCCCUGAUUUUGAUGAAUCCGCAAAACAAAGACUUAAAACUUAUCUUAAGUCUAGAGAGCCUAAAUCUUCCAUUCCUCUUGAUCUCGUUAAAGAGGUUUCAAAAUUCUUGGUUAAUCGCGAUGGAAAACUUGGGAGAGAAAUUGCUGAUAAAGAAUAUGCUCGUAUGAUUGGACGUGUUGCUUCCUCUUAUGAUGUAGAAACUUUUAAACUCUUAGAUACUGAAGAGUUCCAAAGUGUCCGUGGUCAGCUCACUGCUAUAAUUAAUAUUACUUUUACUGUUGUUGCUGUAUUUGCUGCUGUGUAUCACGUUGCGCAAACCAUCACCGGUGAUACUGGAAUGGUAGGUGUUUCUCUGUUGCUCCGAACGGGUUAUCCCGAUUUACCUAAAUUGGAUCCCGUUAUCGUUGGUGUAGCUGAAACAUUUUUGUACAUGCGUUAUCUCGCUGGCUUUGACAAAAAUGACCCUAAAAAGGAACGUAAACAACUAUUUGGAGCUCUCAUUAAUAUCUCACUAAUAAUAAUGUGA